AUGUCAAGCCUGGGUCCAUAUUUCCGAAAAUCCUGCCAUUGUCCUGUACGUUCGGUUGAAUCAUUGGAAGCACGGUGGAAAGUUAUCAAGUACGAGAAUCUCAAGUUUAUCGGCUUCGUUCAGGUGGCUAAAGGUCGCAGUGGAUGCAAUGGAGCUGAUGGUAUCAAUGCUGCCGUCAACUAUUCCGUGAGAGCACAGCAGCAGCUGGAAAACCAGGAAAGGAGUUUCAGUUCAUGCAUUGCUAUGAGUAUCUCAAAGAAUGCCAGAAGUUCAGCACUCGAUAUAUACAAAAAACGCAGCCAGCAGUUGUCGGAGAUGGUCGCAGAUGAAGCCGAGGCCAACGAAACAAGCAAAGGCCAAGCAAACUGA